AUGAGCACCGGCGACGCACUUCCGCCCGACGAGCUCGACGACGUCGAGGCGCUUCGCUACGCGCUUCUCAUCGUCGAGAUGAUCAGCGCGAAGAAGGCGGUCGGCGAGAAUCGGCGGGCCGACGAGUUGGCGCGCGAGAAGGCCGCCGAGGUGAUGCGCCAACUCGAGCAGCUCGCCAUCCACAAUCUCAGUCGGCCGCAUUCCGACUCGUUCGCUUCCGCCUAUGAGCAAUUCGUCAAUCUCGAGCACUCGAUGCGCGGCUUCACCGACAUGCACAAGGACGUGUGUCGAAUGAGCGUGCUGAACAAGAUCUAUCAUAUGCAUCGCGGCACGCCGUUUUUGAUUCGCAUCGAGAAUCCCGCCAACAUUCAUCUGUACGACUAG